AUGGGUUGUAGUGUAGUUGAAGUGUUCAUGUUGUCUAAGAAGAUCCAGAGAUUUAUAAUUAGUUUGGUUGAUGCUAGAAUAAGGGCUUUUGCUACCUUUGCUAUUGCCUCGGCCUUUGCCCUCGACUCUCUGAUUUCCCAGAGGGGGGAGGCCAAGGGGGGUAUCCUUCGAUAUGUAUUGUUGAAGGAUCUCAAUGCAUUAGCUCUCUUGAGGGCUUUAACUGCAAGGAUCUGGAUAUAUGGUUUGAAGUAUAGUUUUUUAUUGAAGUGGACUCCGAAUUAUCUGAAUGGGUCAGGUUUGAUCUUUAUAUUUAUAAAUCCAAGUAUAAACAAGAUCGGGGAGAUCGGUGAGUCUUGA